AUGGGCGCGCGCCGGGGCGGGGCGCGCGGGGGGCGGGUGGCCGGCAGCCUGCGGGCCGCGCGGCGAGGGCGGCGGCCGAUUCAGGGCGGGGGUCGCGGCCCGGCCAGCCCGGCCCGGCCCGGCCCGGGGCCGAGUCCGAGCGUCCGCCCUCCCUGCUGCAGCCUGGCGCCCGGCCGGCCGACCAUGGAGGCCGAGCGCCCCCCGGCGCCCGGCCCGGGCUGCGGGCGUCCCCCGCCCCGCGCCGUCGGCCGGGACCCCGCGGCCGCGACCGUGCCGGUGUCUGCGCCGCCGCAGGGCCCUCUCGGAGGCGGCGGCUUUGCAGGCUUGGAGUUCGCGCCGCCGCAGGAGCCGGAACCUCGGGCCGCGGACCUAGGGGCCCCGGGGACAUGGGCGGGAGUGGCGAGGCCCCCACCGCCGUCGGCGCACAUCCCGGUGCCAGCGCAGAGAGCCCCCGCAGGAAAAGCCCGGCUGGACGAGGUCAUGGCUGCUGCGGCCCUCACAAGCCUGUCCACCAGCCCCCUCCUGCUGGGGGCCCCAGUUGCGGCCUUCAGCACAGAGGCCAACCUGGAGCCCUGGAAGGAGGCCCCAGUGCAGCCGCCAGGCAGCUGCAGCAGCAGCAGCAGUGGAGACUGGGGCUGGGACCUGGCCAGUGACCAGUCCUCUCCGUCUACCCCGUCACCCCCGCUGCCCCCUGAGGCAGCCCACUUCCUGUUUGGGGAGCCUGCCCCGAGGAAGAGGAAGAGCUCGGCGCAGGUGCUGUUCCAGUGUCUGUGGAAGCGCUGCGGGAAGGUGCUGAGCACGGCCUCCGGGAUGCAGAGACACGUCCGCCUGGUGCACCUGCGGCGGCAGGCAGAGCCAGAGCAGAGUGACGGCGAGGAGGACUUCUACUAUACAGAGCUGGAUGCUGGCCUGGACACACUAACCCGCGGGCUGGCCAGCCUGAGCCCGGCAUCCCCCACUGCCUCUGUGCCACUCACCUUCUCCCACCUGGAGCUGCCAGAGCCCUUGGCCACCCCCCAGGUGUGGCACCGUGACCACGCCUACCAGGGCUGCCCAGCACCCGUCCACCUGGAGCCACCACCCCCCACAGUCAGGGCCUGCACACCAGCCCUGCCUUCCAAGUUUGGUGCCAACCCGAGGAAGCCCCGAGGUGAUGCCAAGAAGUGCCGGAAAGUAUACGGCAUGGAGCACCGGGACCUGUGGUGCACGGCCUGCCGCUGGAAGAAGGCCUGCCAGCGCUUCCUGGACUGAGCCCCACCCCCGUGCUGCUGCCUGCCCGCCCAGGCUCGUGAAAGGGGAAAAUAAGCUGCCCACCCCUCCCGGCCAGGGGCAUCUUCUAACCACAGUCUACUUUUUAAUGGGGAGGGGGGAGCCAGUGACCCUGGACCCCCAGAGGUGGGGGGGGGCUCCAUCACUCAAAGUGCCUCUGAAGAAACCAGCCUUUUGCACUAAAGCCAAACCCCAUGACUGCCCCCUUGGCCCCGGGGUCCCUGGGGGGGGGGGGGCACUGCCCUGCCUGCCCGUGGGCCCACGGACUUGUCAAGGGUGCUGAAGGGCCUGGAAGCCACACAGGAGCCAGUCCUUGAUGCACUUUGAGGGGUGUCAGGGAGGGGCCUCCCCUGCCCACACUUAACCUGACGGUUCGAGGGCCCCUGGGGUUGACAUUUAUACCAUGUUUUCAAAGCUCAGGUGUCUUGCGUCUGGGCUGCGCCAGGCGGAGAAACAUUAAAGAUUUGAGUUUUUUCCAGAAA